AUGUGGCGGCGAAUCGCUACAGGGGAUGUGAAUGGCCCAUACAAUGGAGAGAGAAGAGGCACCGUCUUCCAGCGAGCAAACUCCGUCUUCCAAGACACUCUCAUAAAUGUCCGCAAGAAGGUCCGCCGGAGUAGCAUGUGGGACGUCUAUGAAAACGCUAAGAAACGACAACUUGAAAUUCGAAGAAAGCGCUGGGUGCAAAUCACCUUCGAAUACACGUUUUAUGCAAUGCUUCUGGUCCUUCUUUAUUUUCUAAUUAUAGGUGUUCCGCUUUGGAAGGGGACAUAUUGGGAGCUUUAUUUGGCGUUCAAGUAUAAGCUCAACGUUACUGGUUCUUGGUCUAUCAUAAUCGGGGUCUCAGUUGCCUAUGCAUAUUCUCCGCUCCUUGUUCUGUUCGAACCAGACCCACCGAUGCCUGAAGAACCCAUCGACGCGACCAAGACUCCCAACGUAUCCGACACUGCCCUAAUGAUUCCCUGCUACAAGGCCGCCAACCUCAUUGGCCCAACAUUAGAAGCUGCCACGAAGAUAUUUCCACCAUCGCAUAUCUUCGUCGUUGCUAAUGGCAACAGUCCUACUCCUCUAGACAACACCGAAGGAAUUUGCAGGCCUUUUGGUGUCAAUCACAUCUGGAGUCCUGUCGGUUCGAAGAUUGUUGCACAGUUCGUUGGCUGCUAUGCUGCAAAGGACUUCAAGAACGUUUUGCUUAUCGAUGACGACUGCGCUCUACCACCCAACUUCCCCAUUGUCUCCGAUCGACUCAAAGGCAAAGUCAUGUGUAUGGGCUAUACCAUCAAGUCUGUCGGCCCCAAGUCAUCCAAAGGAACGCUCUGCCAACAAGCACAAGAUCUGGAAUACAAGAUUUCUGGUAUCCAACGUGCACUUGCUGGCAAGAUCGGCAGCGCGACCUUCCCCCAUGGCGCCAUCUCGCUCUGGGACCGUGAGUUCCUUAUCAAGACUUUUAGCAAGCAUCCUGGAUUUAGCGUGUCUGAAGACUGGUUCUUCGGACACGUUGCUCGUCAGCUCGGAUGUCGUACACAGAUGGCGACAUCUGUCUUCAUCGAGACGGAAACUCCUGAUGCCGUCUUCUUCAGCUCUGGCGGUGAAAGAGGUGGCUUUGGCGAGAUGACAGUCUUCAAGCAACGAUUCUACCGCUGGAACUUCUUUUUCGUCAAUGGAAUGUACUACAACCUACAUUACAUCCUCUUCUCAUGGAAGCUAGGUUGGUGGGAGCUCGGCGCUAAGCUUUUCGUCUUCCAGGAGAUCUACGAAACGCUUCUCUAUCUCGCUACACCCAUCGUCGUCCCGGUAUCCCUUGCUGUGCGUCCUUCAUUCUUCUUCGAACUUAUGGCCCUUACCUUCGUCCUUUACAUGGCAAACGCUGUCAUCUUUAAUGAGCUCCACCUUCGACGCAAAAAUGAGAAGGUGCCACAGAAGUGCGUCUGGCUUUAUUACAUGCCCUACAAGCUCGUCUUGACGUUUGUGAAUGUUGCGAGUUGCUACUACGCCAUCUACAAGUACGCCACUUACUUCGCCACACGACACCCUAAGAUUAUCGAAGACGACAAAGCUGUAAACGUUGUGCUGCAGCUUGAGGAAGAA